AUGACAGGAUUAAGAAACGUUAAAGAUAAAACAACUUUAUUUCCUUAUAUCGCAGUUUCAUUUAAUUCCAUAGUCGUUCUCCAAGAAGAUGUAAAAGUCUCCCACAGAAUUUUGGUAGAGUUAAAGAAUCCAGUAUCACAAUUUAUUCAGAUUCAUAGGGUAAAAAGAGGAGAUUUAAAUCACUUUGUUAAAUGUAAAAAUAAAAGUAUUGUUACAUGUGCAGUUAUUAAAUUAAUAACCAAAAUACGAUCUUUUAGAGGCGUUUGCGAUUAA